AUGGGGCCCUAUGCGUCUGGAUUUUGCGAAUUAUCAGGUGCUUCCUUUGAAAACUUGACUUGCCAUUUUAGAGGAUGGAAUGUAAUUGCUGCUGCUCUCGUUGUUGCUUCUGUUACUUACAACUGCAGAAUGAUGAUGUGUAAUAGCCAUUACUACAGAUUUAUUUGCAAUAAUAAGACUCAUAAAUUAUUGAAAUGUGAUCCAACCCAACAUGCUCCACCAGAAAGGCAAAAUGAGAGGAUGCUGCAGGAUGUUUUUCCAUAUAUGCCCAAACUCAGAGAACUUAGUCUUGCAAACUGUGAUAUUACUGUGUUUCCAGAAAAUACCUUUCAUAAUUUAGAAAAUCUGAGAAAACUGUCCAUACACCAAAACCCAUACAGCAAGUUUGAACAAGGGAUAUUUCAAAAUUUGAAGAAGCUUAAGUACUUGAAUAUGGGCUAUAUUGCAUCAGAAGAGGAUUUGGAAAUAGAUUUUAGAGGCCUUAAUGAACUUGAAGUUCUUGAUGCUACUCAUACUAGACUUCCAGUCACAGAAUAUACAUUUUGUAACUUACCAAAUUUAAAAGAAUUACAACUUAAAGAAUCAGGAGUACUAACCUAUGACCCAACAGUUUCAAAAUGUUUGACAAAUCUGGAAGUUUUAGAUCUGUCUGGUAACCAAAUAUUAUGUGAUCACUUUUAUGAAAUAUUCAAUGAAAGCUUGAACCUAACCAAAUUAGGAAUGUCUGACUGUGAGUAUCAUAAUUUGAAGGAAGAAUCAAUUGCUGGGUUUGUAAGAAACCUGAAACAAUUAAAAUUUCUUUCUCUUGAAAGAAAUAAGUUCGCUUCCAUGCAUGCAUUAAAGUUUGUAGGAGACUUAAAUAACUUGGAAACACUUAAUCUAAAUGGAAACAACUUAGUUUCAUGGGAUAAUGAUGUUUUACCCAGUACUGUGAAGUUGAAAAAUGUAUUUAUUGCCUCAAAUCAAAUUACUGGCAUCAGUAGAGGAAUGAUGAAGGAUUUCUUAACAUUGAACACACUGGAUGCAUCAAACAAUCCAUAUCUCUGUUACUGUAGCUUAAGUGAUUUCAAUAAGUUUGCUCAAUUACUUAGCGAACGAAAGAAAACCUGUGAGAAGUUUUGUGCAAUGACUGAUGGUAUACAGCAUCAAAAAAAUUCUUCAUGUCUCGAAAAAUGUAGAAAGGAAAGCAAAUAUAACAAAGAUUUACAACAAAUGAUUGAUAAUGUCAAUGGCAGUUAUAAAGCUGAAGAAAUUACGCUGGAAAUUAAAGGGUGGCGUGAAGGAACAUAUCAAUGUUUAGACAAUUCUGGCAGGACAAAUAUUCAGAAUUUUCAGUUUGAAAACUGGCAAUGUUUUCCUAACAGGAUAGGUUACUCAUCACCGGAAGAGCAAAUAAUGGCAACGUGGAAGAUUGUUGUCAUUGUACUGAGCUGUGUCAUAGUACUGAUGUUGGGAGUAUGCUACUGGAAAUGGAAAUACAUAUAUCAGUUUGGUCGAGCAGUACGCAGUGUCACAUUGCUCCGUCUGCUGGAUGAUGAAAAAAAUUGUCCCAAUAAUGGAGAAGUCGGUGCUGGAUCAGCGUUCUCUUAUGACGUAUUUAUAUCAUACAGUGAUCCCAAUAGACAAUGGGUACUUGAAGAGCUGGUGCCAAAUUUUGAGGAAAACUCAGAUCUCAAAGUAUGUCUGCAUGAAAGAGAUUUCCAGGUUGGCUUGAGCAUACUAGAGAACAUUAUCUCAUGCAUGGAUCAGAGCAGAAGUAUCUUGCUGGUCAUCUCACAGGCUUUUCUUCGCAGUCAGUGGUGUCAAUUUGAAUUACACAUGGCACAACAUCGCUUGCUUGAGACUCGACGUGAGGAUUUGAUUCUUGUUCUCCUCGAGGAGAUACCAACAAGCAGAAGACCCAAAAUGCUGCGUUACCUUAUGCUCACGAAAACUUACAUACAGUGGCCUGGAUAUGAUGCUGGAGCAGAAGAACUCAAAUUGUUCUGGAAGAGACUGCGUCGCGCAGUACUGCUGCCACGUGUGAUUCAAAUUCAAGAUGCACAGGCUUGA